AGAUAUUUCUAGGAGCAAUAGCCUUAUAUUAAAGCGGUCUCUUGAAGAACCGAAUUUGAAAGACGUUGGACGCCUAGAAAGUCGUGAUGUUCGAGGCUGCAAAUACGAGAGACCUGCUUUAUCCGGAAAGGAUUGACCCCACAAGAAGCGGAGAGCAAGGAUGUCAACAACCAAGCGAGUCUUACCGGUAUAGGAUGUAUCUCCACGAGACGGACCUGCAGAUCUUACAAAAAUCUAUGGUCGGGUCAUAUGUUCUACCGACCGACCCAGGCAGCGUCCAGCUUUGCACAGCGAGUCCAGUUCUUCUUGGUAUACGCGCGCGCGGCCCUCCGAGAAAGACGUCUAGGUCGCACAGGAAGACGGAGAUGGUCGUACGAUGUUGGAAAGCUUGGUAUACCAAGCAAUUGUGGAGGAGGACGACGCAUGGAGCUGGGCGCCUUAUUCGAAUCAAACGCAAUCAGCUGGAGGCGAGUAAAGUAACGGACAAAGUUUUUCCGACUCUGCUUCGCGCACACAAAAAUCAUACCCACUUCUUUGAUACCGUAACACGAUUUCAAGACCUGCAACAAUUCGCCAUGACGAAACGCAAACCGACGCAGUACAACGCCGAGAACGCGAACGAUGCUGAAAUUCAGCGGCUCACUGAUGAGAUUACCAUCCUGAAAGCUCAACUCGCGGCCAAGUCAAUCCACGACCAGUGGUGCCCACAAUACAAGAAAGCGACCACAUCCCCCACCACAGGCCAGCCUAUCAGGCCAGAGUCUGGUCCGCCACGACUGCAGCCCUACUCAGACCCUCCCAAAGGAUGGGUACCUACGGUACUCAUCGACUCUCCGUUGCGUAAGGCAAGAGAAAAGAAACACAAAGCAAAACAGGAGAUGGUGAAAAACUUCGCCGGAACUGAGUUACCACGGGCAACAUGCCCUAAAGAAAAGGAAUGGAACGAAGAUAACUUUCGGGCAGCAAUCCAGCACUGGGACUUUGAUUGGUUCAGGAAGAAUAGGAAUACACCCGAAGCCAGCGACGAAGCAGAAGCUGCACUGUACGAUUUGAACAGCGGUUCAUACGAUGGUUGGGAGGAAAGGGAGAGAGAGCGUCGUGUGGCAGGGGCAGUAUUUGGCGGAAUGAUGAGGAUGAUGAUGGAAUAUAGGUAUUUCAGGUUUGGCCAUCCUGAUCAGUUUAGAAGUCCACCUGGUACCCCCGGGACGAUAACGCUUUACCGCAACCGGAGCUCGCAGGAACUUCCGGCGUGGUUUCUGUCGCACGGAUUCAAGAUCGAGGAUGACGCCGUUUUUAUUGAGGGAAGUGAGGAGGAACUGGAGAAGCAUCGAAAGCGUUGUUCGCGGGGUUAAGGUUAUGUUGGAGCGCAUAAGAAGGAUGACAUCUUCUUUGGUGUUGAGAUGAGAAACAAAGGGCAUACAGCUGAGAGCGCGGUGAUAUGGCUUAUGAAUGAGAUGUACCGAAUGUUGGCACAUACGAUAAAAAGCGCAGGGGUACAACAGACUGCGAGGAUGUGAAGCUCUGGCCGGCUAGUCACCACGAUCCGUAGUGGCAUUGGAUGGAUGUCUUUUGUCCGAGCAAGGAGC